CCCCCCCCCCCCCCCCACCCGCGUCGCGGACCCGUCCCUCCUCCCGUGCGCUGCGCCCCCAAUUCCCACCCCUCCCACUACCCCCACGCACCGAGAGGGAGAGGAAGCGACAGCCAGCCAGCCAGCAGCCAGGAAGGAAGGCAUGGCCACUUCGUCCAGUGGCGACCACUCGCCCCACGCCGGCUCCGACCUUGUGCCCCCAUCCUACCCCGAGAUGAUAGCGGCGGCGAUCGCGGCGCUGGCGGAGGACAACGGCUCCAGCCAGGCCGCCAUCGCGCGCCGCAUCGAGGCGGAGGCCCGCGGCGACCUCCCGGCCUCGCACCCCGCGCUCGUCGCCGCGCACCUCUCCCGCAUGUCCGCCGCCGGGGAGCUCGUCGCCGUCGCGGGGGGGAAGUACGCGCUGCCACCCCCACCGCCGGCGCCGGACUCCCCAGACGAAGACGACGACUGCCCCGAAGAAGGGGCACCGCUGCCGGUGCCACCGCCCGCCAAGCGCGGGCGCGGCCGGCCCCCGAAAGUGCGGCCUCUGGGCUUCCCCGCUGCCGGUCUCGCCCCCAACGGCGUGCCUGGAGCCGCCGCCGCGCCGCGCCGGCGGGGCCGCCCGCCCAAGCCGCAGGACCCGCACGCGCCGCCCAAGAUCCCGCGCCCGCGCGGCCGACCGCGCAAGAACCCGCUCCCGGAGGGGAUGGCUCCACGGCCGCGCCCUGGCGCGCCGACAACGGCUAAGUCGCGCCCGCAGUUCGCUGAGGUCGGCUUCGUGUGAUGUGACGUCUCUCCACCGACCGGGGCUGCGGAGAGCAAGCGCUUGCUAACAUUUGCCAUCGUUCCAGCUGCUGUCUGGUGUGGGGUUCCUCAGUUCGUGUUGUUGCCUAAUCCGGGGAGCGUGCAGGGGCAGGACUGCAGGAGUCGAGGCGGGGCGGCAGCGGUGGUGGCCGGUGGUGUGUUGUGGUUCGUGGUGUUGCUACCUACUUCCGGUGGUCGCCGGACGGGUUUGGCUCCGGCGGUGUAUCUUGUAUCUCCUUGUCGCGCGCGCGCGCGCAAUGCAAUGCUGUUAGUCUGAUCGUUUCAUUCGCCA